AAAUGCUAGAACCAAAUGAAAUGGAAUUAUCAGAUAAAAUCGAUCCAGAAGAAUAUGAAGAUAAAGACCUGAUUGAUCAAUCUCUUUACAUUAAUUCGUGGAGAAUGCCUGGAAGAUUACCAUGA